GAGCAGGCUCCUUUUUCACGUCUCCCAUGGCUGCCGCCGGCUCCUUUUGGUGACCGGCGGCAGCUCAGUCUCUCUUUUUUGUUUUUUCCUUUGCUUUUGUGUUUUCAUGCCUUUGUCUUUAGCGUUCUUCACCCGGAUCUUCUGGUUUGGGGUUUCUCUGCCGUUGUGGCGUUUCAGAUUUCAAAGCGGCUGCUCUUCUUCUCGGAUCUAGGAUUUUCCUCUCUGGUCUUGCUUUGCUCUGCUUGGUUUUCGGAUUUUGCAGCUGGGAGAGUCUCUUUUGAAGAUCUGGUGCUUGAGUGGCUCCUCCUUGUUGGUGGUUUCUUCUAUUCGGAAGAACUCAUUCGCCGUUUUCCCCUGCCGUCGACUGUUGUUGUUCUGGGUUUCGGUUGAGACUAGGCUGGAGUUCUUUGUCUCUCCAUUUCUCGGUCCAUCUUGCCUUCGGCAUCCUCGACCUUUUUUCAGCUCUGAGCAUCCCGGUUUCAGCCCUGCCCACCGCCAUGUAAUUGCAAUCUUGUGAUUCACUGUGAUGGAUCGUCUUCGAACGUUUCCCCAGGAGGCGGCUUAUGGCGUUGUGUUUUCAAGCGCCAUGGUCUUGUCUGUUUUGGGAGAGUUGAAACCCUGCUUUGUUGCUGAUCUGUUGGUUGUGGAAGCGUGAGGUUCUUGGGUUCACUUCCUUGGCUCUGGUGAUGGCUCUCUGAUAUUGGUGUAGUUCAAUCUUGCCUGCUCUUUCUUGUGGCUGGUUCUCUAGCCUUGCUUUUGUCUUUGAUUGUUCUGCCUUUUUAUUGGAGUGUCCUUUUUUGCUUUUGUUCCAUUGAUGUAAUCCGCCUCUUGUAACCGUGGUUUCCAGAUUGCAAUAUAAGCACAUCCAUUGUCAAAAAAAAA